AUGAGCACUCUGAGAACACAAGCGACCACCUCUAGCCCAGGACAACAGGAGCUGCCACUACUUCCACAGGGACCUCAGGAAACAGCCACAGUUUCUUCUAGCUCCACCUACAGCGGUCCCACCACUCAGAGUACCACUAAUUCUCAUAAUACUAUAAGUCUGACCACGGAGGCUCUCAUAACUACCCUGUGGACAACAGCAGCUGCCACUACCUUCCCAGGGACCUCAAGCAGAGCCACAUCUUCACAGGGCUCCACUUCCACCAGCCCUACACCUCACAGUACCUUACAGCCUGGCAGCCCCACGACUGUGAGAACUCAACCCAUCACCUCUAGUCCAGGGACAACAGCAGCUGCCACGACUUCCCCAGGGACCUCGGGAACACCCACAUCUUCCCAGGGCUCCACCUCCAUUAUCACCACACCUAACACAACCACAGAGCCAGGCAGCACAACAUCUGUGAGAACACUGACUUUCACCUCUAGCCAAGGGACAACAGGAGCUGCCACUACAUUCCCAGGGACUUUAUCCACACUCACAUCUUCGCGAGGCUACACCUCCAUGAGCACCACAUCCCAGAGUACCACAGAGCUUGGCACCACGACGACUGUGAGAACACAGACUGUCACCUCUAGCUCAGGGACCACACCAGCUUCCUCUUCCUCCGCAGGGACCUCAGGGACGGCCACAUCUUCUCGUACCUCCACUGCUAGCAGCUCCACCUCUCAGAAUACCACCUACUCUCACAGUACUACAACUCUGACCUCGGAGGCUCUCACGCCUACCCUAGGGACAACAGCAGCUGCCACGACUUCCCCAGGGACCUCAGGAACACCUACACCUGAGCAGGGCUCCACCGCCAGCAGCGCUACACCUCAGAGAAGCACUGAGCCUGGCCGCAGGACGACUGUGAGCACGCUGACUGUCACCCCUAGCCAAGGGACAACACCACCUGCCAAUACUGCCCCAGGGACCUCAGGAACAGCCACAUCUUCUCUUAGCUCCACCUUCAGAAGUUCUACCUCUCAGAAUACCAGCUAUUCUCACAGUACUACAACUCUGACCACGGAGGCUCUCACAACUACGCCAGGGACAACAGCAGCUGCCACGACAUCCCCAGGGACCUCAAACAGAGCCACAUCUGUCCAGGGCUCCACCUCCUCCAGCCCUACACCUCAGAGUACCACAGAGCCUGGCAGCACGACUACUGUGUCCACAGUGACUGCCACUCAUAGCCAAGGGACAACAGCUGCUGCCACUAAUUCCAUAGGGACCGCAGGAACAACCACAUCUUCCCAGAGCUCCACUUCCAACAACCCCACACCUGAGAGUACCACACAGCUUGGCAGCAUGACAACUGGAAGAACACAGGCUGUCACUUCUAGCCCAGGGACAACAGCAGGUGCCACUACUUCCUUGGCGACCACAGGAACACCCACACUUUCCCAGGGCUCCAUCCCCACCAGCGCUCUACCUCAGAGUAACACAGACACUGGCAGCAUGAGCACUCUGAGAACACAAGCGACCACCUCUAGCCCAGGGACAACAGGAGCUGCCACUACUUCCACAGGGACCUCAGGAACAGCCACAGUUUCUUCUAGCUCCACCUACGGCGGUCCCACCACUCAGAGUACCACUAAUUCUCAUAAUACUAUAACUCUGACCACGGAGGCUCUCAUAACUACCCUGUGGACAACAGCAGCUGCCACUACCUUCCCAGGGACCUCAAGCAGAGCCACAUCUUCACAGGGCUCCACUUCCACCAGCCCUACACCUCACAGUACCUUACAGCCUGGCAGCACCACGACUGUGAGAACUCAACCCAUCACCUCUAGUCCAGGGACAACAGCAGCUGCCACUACUUCCCCAGGGACCUCAAGCAGAGCCACAUCCUCCCAGGGCUCCAUCUCCCCCAGCCCUACACCUCAGAGUACCACAGAGCCUGGCAGCUGGACGACUGUGAGAACACAGGGUAGCAUUUCUAGCCCAGGGACAGCAGCCCCAGGGACUUCAUCCACAGCCACAUCUUCCCAGGGUUCCACCUCCAUCAGCCCCACACUGGAGAGUACCACAGAGCCUGGCAGCACGAUGACUGUGAGCACACUGACUGUCAUCCCUAGCCAAGGGACAACACCAGCUGCCACGACAUCCUCAGGGACCUCAAGCAGAGCCUCAUCUUCACAGGGCUCCACCUCCACCAGCCCUACACCUCACAGUACCUUACAGCCUGGCAGCCCCACGACUGUGAGAACUCAAGCUAUCACCUCUAGUCCAGGGACAACAGCAGCUGCCACGACUUCCCCAGGGACCUCGGGAACACCCACAUCUUCCCAGGGCUCCACCUCCAUUAUCACCACACCUAACACAACCACAGAGCCAGGCAGCACAACAUCUGUGAGAACACUGACUUUCACCUCUAGCCAAGGGACAACAGGAGCUGCCACUACAUUCCCAGGGACUUUAUCCACACUCACAUCUUCGCGAGGCUACACCUCCAUGAGCACCACAUCCCAGAGUACCACAGAGCUUGGCACCACGACGACUGUGAGAACACAGACUGUCACCUCUAGCUCAGGGACAACACCAGCUUCCUCUUCGUCCGCAGGGACCUCAGGGACGGCCACAUCUUCUCGUACCUCCACCGCUAGCAGCUCCACCUCUCAGAAUACCACCUACUCUCACAGUACUACAACUCUGACCUUGCAGAAGCUCUCAUGCCUACCCUAG